UGUUCUACGAAUCCGAGGUGAUUAAGGGUCAGGGUCAUUAUAUAUAAAUACCAUAUCUCCGAAGAACCCUCAACCAUUUCUCAGUCGUCCAAGCUCAGGCUCAGAUAGAUACUCUCCGUUUGUUCUCUGUGAAUUUUGUGUCAGUACGAAUUUUAGUGAGUUUAGUUACGAUGGAAGACAAAAAUACAAAAGUCGUUCUCGAAGAUAACACCGGUGUCAGUGUAGAAAUAGAACCAACCACAUAUCUUGAGAAUAACGGUGUGAGCAUAAGUCCGCAAACGAGUCAAAGGGGUAGUUUUGGAAGUGAUUCGAGCACCAAGGAUUUAACGGGCUUCAAUUUCGGUGAAAUACAGGAAAAUAUGAACAGUGUGCCAUCUUUACCACCGCAAAUGUUAACAAUAACACCAAUGUGCGGUGAAUACAGCGAACAGUAUGUCAAUCUAGAUGAAUAUUACGAUUACAAUCGUAAUCAAUCUCCAUCGCAGCAGCAGCAGCAACAACAACAACAUCAACAGGUUGCCAAUUGGAACUUGGCGAACUACAAAUAUAACGACUACAAUAAUGUGCAAAAAGAGGAUAAGAAUCUAGAAUACAUAGUUACCCAAACGCCUGUUCAGGUCAGUACUGCGCCAGUUUUACCUAGCCAAAUUUCCCCCAACAAUUCAACCAAAAGGGCCCGUACCGCCUACACGAGCAACCAGCUGGUAGAAUUGGAGAAAGAGUUUCAUGCCAGCAGGUACCUAUGCAGACCCAGGAGAAUCCAAAUGGCGAGAGCCCUGAACCUAUCGGAACGCCAGAUCAAAAUAUGGUUUCAGAACAGGCGAAUGAAAUACAAGAAGGAGCUGAAAGCCAAGAAUAUCUCGCCGUCUUCCACCAAUCCCAAUUCCCCAGAUUCGCCCCAGGGUACUGUCGGCGCCCUAAGGACGAGGUGCAACGAAAGAGUACCUCCUUCUUACUCCGAGUACGUUCCAGUCAAUCAUCAGCAGCUCACGCACCCCUACGGCGCAAGACCGACUCCCUACGGGUCCAGAGGAUACAACAACUGGAAUAGGGAUUGCUAUUCUGAGGCAACUAUGUAUCCCCCAAUGAAUAAUACGUUGAAUCCACCUUAUUACCCCGGUCCUGGAAAAAAUUAUUCGCUCAGUUACAUGCCGAAUGGACAAAUACCAAAUGGAAUCAUGACCCAAGUGAAAGAAGAGAAUAUUUCAGCUCCCACCAUGACGGCCACAGAACAGGUGAUGAACAUCGUCAAUGGAAACUGGCUGGAGCACAAUCUACCCCCGAAUUACUCUAUUUUGGGUAACGAAACAACCAUUACUGAGCUUUAAUCUGAAUUGAUCAAUUAUAAACUCAAGGAAUAAUACCACUGAAGAAAAGUUAUGCUUAAAGAAUUGUGAAAUCCUUCAAAUCUUUAUACACAAAAUUGUAAAUAUGUUCAUCGCGAUAUAAAAUCCCUAAAAAUAAUUAUUUGAAUCUUUUAUUUGAUGUAUUAGUGCUGUCAUUCGAAAAUGAAUUUUUUAAAUGUUUGUUCCAGUUUUAAAAUUAUUUUAAAUGUAAUGUAGAAUCGAGUUGUGUAGAUAUUUUAUAUAAAUAUGUAAAUACACGUCUUAGAAAAA